CGUGCCACCAAGACCCCAGGACGUGCCCUGGGGCGACGGCUUGACGUAAUCAAGUACACAGACCUUCUGUCCCAACGACGCCGCCUCUUUGGAGCAGGCUAGGCCUCCUGAGCCGCCACCAAUCACCACCAGGUCGUAAUCAUAGCUCGUCUCCUUCUCAGCAUCAGCUGGAGAGGUCUCAGCAGUAACUUCAGGCAUAGGAGCGUCAGUCUCCGUAGCAGGAGCAGUUGCGGUAGGCUGGUUCUCGCUUGGUGUCACCCCCUGAUGCUUCCCCGCUGCGAUGCCGGAGCGGAAGAAUGCCAGAAGGUCGUCACAUCCGCCCACAAACGUCGUAGGGUUGCUACUCCACACAAAGGGCGACGUGACGUGCUUUGCGGCCUUGGAGUCAGCCCCAAAACUGGCACUGAUGUCCUCCUGGGAGGCACUGAGCCACUGCUUGAAGGCGCCUCGGUCCUCGAACGGGUGAGCCUCAAAGCUUACUCGGUCCGGGUACAGCAUUUGCAUGGCCGCCGCCACCUCUCGGGCCUUGACGAAAGACGGACAAGUCUUCCAUCCAGCGAGGUGGAACGUGACCACGGACGAGUCCGAAGUUGUUGACAGUGUCUCUUCUAAGCUGUAGACGGAUGUAAUGGGAAGAGUUAGUUAAGAUACGAAUGUAGACAGAGCAAGAUCGAGACGUACUUGACUCCCGACGCCAUCUUCUUGCGCUUGUUCCCCACGUCCAUUCCAGGAGAACGGAUAGCGGGUGAAUGGAAGGUCUUGAUUGGCUGGAAGAUAACUCAAAUCAGUAUCACAAGCUUGUUUAACUUAAAGAUAUAAGUUAAUUUAUUUUAAUAAAAUGAAC